GAAAAUCAACAGUGCUUUAUUGCAGCCAUGGCCCUACGUUUGAUAUUAACUUCAAUUUAAUUGGUGGACCUAUUUGGGGGCAGUACAAAGCCUAAAAGAAAGGCUUGCCUGAGAGGUUUUUCUGAGGGAAAAGUUCUACUGGCUUUCUCUCACCAUUUUUUUUUAUUUCGUUUUCGACUCAUGUUGUUGGUCUUGUCAGACAGACAGGACAAAACGUGGACAGUGUGCUUUAGCGACAUCCUCUGCCUAAUGUUUAAUUUAACCGUGUUGACAGUUCGACAGUUAGUUGGCGUUAAUUAAUACAAAUAACGGAGUUAAGAAAUAUUUAGCUAUAAAAUGACGGAACAGUCCUCGUUGCUACUACGUAAACAAUUAGCAGAACUCAACAAGAAUCCAGUGGAAGGCUUUUCUGCUGGCCUGGUAGAUGAUGAUGACAUCUAUCAGUGGGAAGUGGUGGUCAUUGGACCUCAAGACACAUUAUUCGAAGGAGGUUUCUUCAAAGCCACCUUAACCUUCCCCCGCGACUAUCCUUUGAGGCCUCCCAAGUUGAAGUUCGUCACAGAAAUCUGGCAUCCAAAUGUGGCAAAAAAUGGCGACGUCUGCAUUUCCAUCCUGCAUGAACCUGGCGAGGACAAGUAUGGUUAUGAGAAGCCUGAGGAGCGCUGGCUGCCAAUCCAUACAGUAGAGACCAUCAUGAUCAGUGUUAUCUCCAUGCUGGCAGACCCCAAUGGAGACUCUGCUGCCAAUGUAGAUGCAGCUAAGGAGUGGCGGGACGAUCCUAAAGGAGUUUUCAAGAAAAAGGUGGCGCGCUGUGUGCGGAGGAGUCAAGACAUGGCUUAUGACUAAGGCCUUACCCCAGCCAUUAACACAAUUGGAACUGCACAGGGGAUUUGACAGCUGGUUACACUUAAGUCGGCUAGAUGACCAUGGGGCACAACUGUCAUCAACUAGCCACUCAAACAAAGACUCGCAGGAAAAGAAAAUUUAAAAACCUGUAUUUCUCUAUUGAUUUGUAUCUUGCAGUUUGAAGGUUGAUAUUUAUGAAUUUUGCUGAAUGGCCGUGGCAUUCAUGCUGCCAAAAGUUCCAUUUUCCACCAUCAGAUGCACAAGACGGUUUCUGGUCGAGCAGGAUUUCACUCACAGGAAGAUGAAAUUUACAGCCCAAUACUUUCUCUGUUAUGUACAUACUCAUCAGAUUUUUUUUAGGAGAAAUCCCCUUCGAUAAAUGUUCCAAUUUGUUAAAAUGAGUUUACUUUAUAUUUACCUAUUUAUUUAGAGUGACUGUUUUAAGAUGCAUAUUGUCUGUUAUGGAGUUUUUUGUUUAUUUUCAACCUGCCCCACUGAGCCAUCCAGUCUACAGUUAUCUCAUCAAUUAUGCAAUUUUGCAGCAUUUGCAGUCAUUAAAAAGAUGGAAAUACAGACAAUGGCUCUCAUUUCCCUGCAAGUGUUCUGCAGAGAAAGUGGUCCUUUUCUCCCUGAGGGGCGAACUUAUCACCCAGCGCUGCCUUAACUUUGACUGCCAGCGAAGGAAACUUAUCUCCAUUAAGGACUGCAUCUGAAAGCUUGUUUUGAAUCCAGAAAAAAAAAUCAUUGUGGACAAACCAAAGAGAGUACACCAAUAAAUAUAUUUUUAAUGAA